AAUUCAGUUCUCUCCGUUUUCCCAAAACGGUGCUUAUCCGGAGCCGCUGCUGUCCAGUCGAUAAUUACAAAAGAACUAGAUGGCAUCAAAGCUGCUGGAACGUGGAAAACCGAGCGUGUUAUUACCACUCCACAGGCCGCUGAUGUUUGUGUAGAAGGCAUGAGUGGGGGUGUUAUCAACUUCUGUGCCAAUAACUAUCUCGGACUUGCUAGCCAUCCCCGCGUCGUUGAAUCCGCCAUGGAAUGUCUUAAAUCUCAUGGUGCUGGAAUGAGCUCCGUCCGUUUUAUUUGUGGCACUACUGACAUUCACAAGAAGCUUGAGAAAAUGAUUGCUGAUUUCCAUUGCCGUGAAGAUAGUAUUCUUUUCCCAAGUUGCUUUGAUGCCAACGCGGCCAUCUUCGAAACACUUCUCACUCCUGACGACUGUGUCAUCUCUGAUGAACUAAACCACGCCUCAAUUAUUGACGGGAUUCGUCUUUGUCGUGCCAAACGCCUUCGAUACAAUCACGGUGAUAUGAAGGAUCUUGAACGUUGCCUUCAGGAGGCGAAGGACUGUCGCACUAAGCUAAUUGCCACGGAUGGUGUAUUCAGUAUGGAUGGUAACAUUGCAAAGCUUCCGGACAUCCUGGAAUUGGCUGAAAAAUACAAGGCUAUUACUUUCAUGGAUGAGUGCCACGCCACCGGUUUCUUCGGUGACACUGGACGCGGUACUGAGGAGUACUACGGUGUUCAGGGGAAAGUGGAUAUCAUCAAUUCCACGCUUGGAAAGGCUCUUGGUGGUGCUUCGGGUGGCUACACUACCGGUUCGAAGGAACUUGUCGCUCUCCUCCGCCAACGUGGUCGGCCCUACCUCUUUUCAAACAGCCUUCCUCCAGCUGUUGUCGGAGCUGCCAUUGGAGCCUUCAGCCUCCUUACUGAGAGCUCUGCUCUUCCGCAGAAAUUGCAUGCUAACGUUAAACUUUUCCGUGACACUAUGACUGAGCGUGGAUUUAAGCUUUCUGGUGAUUACUGCCAUCCUAUUGCUCCCGUCAUGCUUGGGGAUGCCCGUCUUGCAGCUGAGUUUGCCGACGAAAUGCUCAAGCAUGGAAUCUAUGUGAUCGGCUUCAGCUAUCCGGUUGUGCCAAAGGGCAAGGCCCGCAUACGUGUCCAAAUUUCUGCCGCACACAGUCAGGAACAGAUUAAGAAGGCCAUCGAAGCGUUCACCUCAGUUGGCAAGAAGCUGAAGGUAAUCCAAUAA